AUGACAAACAAGAAAGAUGCAGAUGGAGACCAAGCAUGCGAUUCACGACUUGCUGCUUUUAUGGCCGUUCAUAUGGUCAAGCAAAUUUUGGACGAUGCAUAUGUUAUUGCAAACUCUGCUAUAGAGUCAGGUCAACCAUGGCGCUAUUUGUCUACAGAGAAAACUGUUAGGCAAUCUGAAACUGACGGUGAAAAUGUAUCGUCUAAAGUCGAACACGAUGUUAUAAAUGAAAAUAAGAUGGAGCUAGUUGCCAAUGAAGUUGUCACAUCAACACCACAAAAAGUUACAGGUGAUCAACUAAAAGUAGAAGGCAGUUUUAUUGGACAAGGAGAUGAAGAUCCAGAAUUACAUCAAAAUGAGUUAACCCAAUCAACUUCAAUGUUUAUUAACUAUCUUUUCGAUAUGAGUGACGUUGAGAAAAUUAUUGAUUCAGAUGACAAUUGUAACGUAAAUAGUAAUUCACAACCUAAUGAGCUGCUCAAGAAAGCCAUGGGCAAGAUAAUGGAUUCGUACGUAAAUACAGCAGUAGGUUUAGCAUCAGAACAACCAACUGAAUCACUUGAUAGUGAAGUUCCUAUCGAAAAGACAUCGAGCGCAGCACAUUCAGAAUAUUCAUUUUUAAGUGAUGCAUUUGCUGCAGACAUUGAUAAAGAUAUUGCAUUCUAUAUACCUGAUGCCGGAGAUCCAAUUGAAUGCGAGGUAUCACAUGUUGUUCCUGAAGUAAAAAUAAAAGAGAUAAAUAAUGAAAACCCUGAAGAAUGCAAAGCCAUGAUCGAAGCUGCUCAAUUUGAAAAAGCUUAUCUCUCUCUAAACCGGGACGAUGAACAGGGUUCUGAAGAUGAUGGUAACGUAAUAUUAGAAGAUCCAAAAGGUAUGACUCUCCAGGAAGUAGAAUUGAUGACAGCGAAUACCUCUAACGAGGAUUUAUCUACUCACGGUGAACUGACUUCAGACGCUAAAUGUGAAAAAUCAAAGGAGUUAACGGCAACUUCAGCCGUAUCAGCAGUGUCAAAGAAGAGUUUAGUGAGUAAGUGCCGCUCUCAGGGUGCUAGGCUCCUGGCUUGUCUUCGAGGGUGGUGGCGUCGGAGGACACCUGGAAAUCGCAAGGAACAUCAGCAUCGAGUUUCGGGUACUGUUCGUGGCCUAUGCCCCUUGUCACCAGAUGCAAGACGUCGUGCAGCCAGUCUCUUGGAUCAACGUCUUCUUCGACCGCAGUCACCUUCAGGAGGCGGGGUCUGGAAGUUCAACACUGUUAAUGAAGCCUUAGUCAAUUCCUCGCGCUGGAAGGAUUAUACGUUUGAAUUAAAUUCCGACCAAUGUGGAGAAUAUUAA